AUGGGGCCUUCAAUCGGCUGGAAUUUUUCUUUCUGCCUGGUCCCGACGUCGGCGCAAAAGGCUUGCAAGAUGCACUUUGGCGACGGCGCCGUGGUGUCCGGCGCCGGAGUUGUGACGACGCCGAUCGUCACUAAAAACACAGGCACAUUCUACCACUUGACGUUGGUGGGGAUGAGCGUUGGAAGCCAAAGGUUCGAUUCGGAUUCAUCGAAGAAAUCGGUACUAGAAGGGAACAUCGUGAUCGACUCGGGGACGACGCUGACGUUCCUCCCGAGGGAUCUGUACGGUAAAGUCGAGGCGGCGUUGAAGCAGCAGGUGAGCCUGAAGCAGAUCGAAGAUCCGCAUAAGAAGAUGAAGUUGUGUUAUGAUGUUACUAAUAUAAAGGAUGCAGAGGCGAAGAUUCCGGAAAUCACGGUGCAUUUCAAAGGGGCGGAUGUGAAGUUGAAGGCACACAACACGUUUAUAAUGUCUACCAAGAAGGGUAUUAUAAUGGGGGCCAAGAACGCUAUGUGCCUUGCGUUUGCGCCGGCGGGUCUUACGCCGAUUUAUGGGAAGACGUAUUGUUCGACUUACUUUCCUUGCUUAAACUCCACGUUUGAGAAUUUUGUCAUUCAUUGA